AAAGAGGGAGGAUGCCAUUAAAUAUUUUUCAGCGAAGCUGACUGCAACUUUAACCAUACGUUUGUGUGUGACAGGAAGUGUCAUUAGGGUGGUGUCACUCGAAGGACUGACGCCACUUGUACUUGGGACAUACCUGUUCAAAGGGAGGUGUUGGCAUUACGCGGAGCAGAAGACGUCAAAGCAUAGAGACGUACGCGGGACAGCUCGAGCGUGCCCACUUCAAAGCAGGUGUCGGAGAGAAACCGUGACUUAGAAGCAAGAUGUUUAAGAAGAAAACCAGCAAAAACAGCGUGAACAUCACGCAGAAAAGUAAAGCACCAGCCAGCGAGCUGACAGCCCUCAUUGAGAAACUCCAGAAAAAUGCGGACAAAGUGGAAAAGAACAUUCUGGAGACAGAACAGAAUCUUAACCGGGAUGUGGCCAAAAUCAACGAGGGCAAGCAGCCCCUGUACCAGGAGGACACCAACAAGCGCAUCCUCAACUCCCUGGACCUGCUCAACUCCCUGGAUGAGGACGCAGCUGCCGCCUCCCGCCUCCACCACCCCCAGGCUGAGAUGAUCGAGCAGGACAUGAAACAGCUGCGUGACCGUGUGAUGCGACUGAGGGAGGACCACGACAAGAUCUACCACCAGACGCGCGGGGAGGGGAUGCCCACCGUCAACUGGGGCAAGAUUGUGGAGGAGAAACUGGGGAAUCUGAACAACAAAGGGUUCGGACAGGACUUGCCCUCUAUUGAAAACGAUGUUGAGGAACACAACAUCUUCCAGAGUGAGGUGGAGGCCUUGGCACCCUACAUCAAUGAGGGAGACGAUAAGGAUUAUGUGGGAGGGGCCCAGCUGAAGUACAACAAACUCCUGGCCAACUCCACGGCUCGUCAGAAGCACCUGGUGUCCCUGCGUGACUACAUGCAGCGCUGCACUAACGAGCUGUACUGGAUGGACCAGCAGGCCGAGGAGCGCAUCGGCUACGACUGGAGCGACACCAACCUGGACUACCCGGCCCGCAAGAGGCAGUACGAGAACUUCAUCGGUAAGUGCCUGGAGUCUAAGGAGGCAACCAUUACUAAACUGAAUGAUGACGGGGAGAAGCUGAUCGCUCAGGACCAUCCAGCCAAGAACGUUAUUGAGGCUCACACGGAGGCUGUGCAUGCUGACUGGAAGGAGUAUCUCAACCUGCUCAUCUGUGAGGAAAACCACCUCAAACACAUGGAUGAAUACCACAAAUUCCACAAAGAGGCAAGAGACACCCAGGACCUGCUGAAAAGGCUGGACACCGACAUCAGCCAGAAGUACAACCCUGAGUACAAAGACAUGUACCAGAUGGAGGGCCUGAUCAGUGACUUGGACGACCAAGCCAAGGCUCUGGACCACUUUGAUGACCGCGUGAAGGCCCUGGAGAAGAGGAGCUUGCAGGUGCUGCCCCUCAAGUACCGCCGUGACCCACCUCAGAAGCUCCUCCCCAUUGAGGCCCUCUGCGACUUCGAGAACGAACAGGGUCAGGUGGUGCGUGGCGAGAGGUACACCCUGCUGAGGAACAAUGGCAAUAAGUGGGACGUGAAGGACCAGGCGGGUCGCACGGUGACAGCGCCAGGUGUCUGUUUCUUCAUCCCCCCCACUGACCCCGAGUCGGUCUCCAUCGCUGACAACCUUCUGAACCAGCAGUCCAACAUCAAGAAGAAGGUAGCAGCCAAUAAGGGCUCUCUGCAGACACGCCUGGGGGAGCUCAAGAAGGAGAGUCCUGCUGUACGCGAUAAGGAGGAGCAGCAGUGUCGUCAGCUGAUGGCCAGUCUGGACAAGGUGGUGAACGACUUGGACAAGCAGGAGAAGGCCAUCAACGCUCGAGUGCGCCCCCCGCUGGAGCUGACUCGCCCAGUGCAGGACAGCGCUGAUAGGCUGCAGGAAAUGAAGGACAUUAAAACUGCUGUUGGAAAGAUUUUGCCUGAGAAGGUGGCUAAAACCAAAGAAGCCGAGACGUUCCUGAAAUCCAACCCCAAGUGUGCCAGCGCCCCUCAGCUGUACUCGAAGGUGGACGAGGCCGACAAGAAGUACAACAAAGUGGACCUGCUGCUCAAGCUUGCAGAUGAGAAACUUGAGAACUCCAACCGCUUGGAGAACUCGCUCCAGAAGGGGAAGACUGUUCUGUCCACCUAUGAAAACAAGCUGGCCAGGGAGGAGGUCGCACCUGCAGACCUCACUGCUCUGGAGAAGGCACAGCGUGAGCUGGCGGACAUGUCAGCAGAGCUGAAGGCAAAGAAGGCUGUUGUCGCGGAGACCGAGCAGAACCUCAAAGCUGCCAAGAGCAGCUGUGACAACAUGGCCGCCAAGGUACAGGAGCACUGCCCCGACAUUGAGAGGCAGGAGAUGGAGGUCCAGAAGCUGAGCAAGCGCUUCGACAACGCCGGCAGACAGAUUGACUCUAGGUCCCAGAGCCUCCAGAAGGCCAAAAUGUCAUACAACAACUACCGCAACGAUUACGACAACCUCAACAGCUGGCUGUCCAGAGUGCCAAACUAUGAGCCUCGUGACACAGAUGACCUGGGCCAAAUUGAUUCCAAGCUGAGGAACCAAAGAAACCUGCUUUCAGACAUUGCGAGGAAAGAGUCUGAUCUCAACAACGUCUCCAAAAAUGCUCAGCUUUAUCAGCAAGCAGUCAAGGACUACGAAAACGAAACUGAGAAGUUCAAAUCCAUUCUCGAUCUUGAGGAUGGACUGGUUCCCCAGACAUUCAAGAGAAGCAGGCUAGAAUCUCCUGCACAGAAAGUGAAAGGAGAGGAAGCUGCAAUUGAAUCCAAAUUCACUGAGGUGAAUGCCAUCAACAAGCAAAGGCUGCAGAAUCUUGAAUUUGCUCAGAGCCUCCUGAAUCAGCAACCAGAGACUAUGAUCGUGCAGCAAAACGUCCAGUCUGUGAAAUCUGCGGCACCUGGAGAAGAGCCCUGGAGAAUCAAGAAGCAGCUGGAAGACGAAGUUCAAAGACGAGAGCUGCUUGAAAAAGAGAUUCAGACCAUCCAGAGUGACAUAUAUGUUCUCGAGGGCCAGAAGCCGCAGGACACCGUUGUGAAGAAGGAGCUGAUAAAGAAGCUGCCCGACCCGCAGCUGGACGAGGAGAUCCACAAGGUCCAGCAGAAGCUGUCCGACGAGCGCAGAUCCACUCGGCUCCUGGAGAGCGAGCUGGACACCCUCCGCCUGAAACUGCGCGGCCUGGAGACGGAGGUUAAGGAAGGUGCCCAGCAGUACACCGUGAAGGAGGUGCUGCGCAUCGAGAGGGAUCGCGGACAAGAGGAGGAUCUGAGGAAGCUGAAGGAGGAACUUGAGGAGCUGAGAAGGCAGAAGACCGUCAAGGACAACGAAAUCAUUCAGAUCAAGAAGCAGGUCAACAUCCUGUCCGAGGAGAAAAACAAGGAACAGGAAGUCAUCACCGAGGAGGAGGUGGUCAAGGUGCACAACGAUCCUCAGCUCGAGAGCGAGUACAGAUCGCUGCAGGAUAGGAAGCAGAAAGAGCUCGACGGCAGAGUGCAGCUGGAGGACGAACUCAAGUUCUUGCAGGAGAAACUGAGGAGGCUUGAGAAGGAGAAGGCCAUGGCUGAGGAGAAGAUCUCCAUCAAAGAAGUCCUGAAAGUCGAGAAAGACAUCGCUCUGGAAAGGGAGGUGGAGAAUCUGAGACGUCAGUACGAGGACGAGAAGUCUAAGCACAGGUCGUCUCUGAGGGAGAAAGCCGACCUCCAGAGAAAGAUCUCGAGCCUUGAAGAGCAGAAUUCAAAGGUCAUCAUCCAGGAGAAGGUUAGGGAGAUUGUCCGGCCAGACCCUAAGGCGGAGACUGAGGUUGCCAGCCUCCGCAUGGACCUGGUGGAGCACCAGAGGAGGGUCACAGAUUCCGAUGAGCAACUGAAGAUUCUGCAGGAUGAGCUCACCACACUCAAGAACAGGGGCCCUCAGGUCGAGGUACGAGAAAUCAUAAAGGAGGUCAUCAAGUACAAAACUGACCCUCAAACUGAACAGGAGCUGGAGAAGCUGCGCAACGAGAUUGUGGAAAAAACUCACCUGACUGAGAAGUGUGAGGUGGAGAUCCUCAGACUGAAGAACGACAUUCAGAGGUGGCAGGACACCAAACCUCAGGUGCAGACCAAAGAAGUGGUCAAAGAAGUCCUCCAGUACCGCGAGGAUCCCAAAACCAAGGAGGAGAUUGAGAGCCUCAAGAAAAAACUCUCAGACGAACAGAAGAAACGUUUGGACUUGGAACAGGAGCGGUCAGUGAACGAGGAAAAGAUCCGUCUGAAGAAGAUCGACCUCUCUCAGGUGAGAGAAAGAAUCGUCCAACAGGAAGUUGUUAAGAUGGAGGAAGACCAGAUGCUGAAGUCAGAAUGUGAUACUUUUGCCAAGAACAUAAGCAACGAGCAGAAGCAGAAGGAGAGCUUGAAAGAUGAGCUCGCCAGGCUGCAGCGUCAAAGGGCAGACCUCGACCUGCAGCUUGAGGAGAUUGAACGUGACCGAAGAGCCCGGCGAGAUGCAGAGUUGGAAAUCCAGCGCUUGAGAAUCAGACUGAAUGAGCUUGAGAUCCGGGACAAAGAGAACCGCGAGAAGGUGACCGUGAAGCAGAAGGUGGUGCUUCAGCAGGAUCCUCAGCAAGAAAAGGAGCACUCCAUUCUCAAGCUUCAGGUUGAAGAAGAGCGUCACAAACGCACCAUGUUGGAGAAGGAGCUCAACGCCUUGUUGGAACAGCAGAAAACACUCGAAAGGAUGGAAGUGAAAGAAAAAGUGGUGCGCUCCGAAAAGGUCCAGGUUGAGAGAGACCCUGAAGCAGAAGUGGAAAUCGAGAGGCUCAAGAAAACUCUGGACGAGGAGAACAAACGGCGCCGUGAACUUGACCGGGAGAUUGCUGACCUCAACUCCAGGUUGUCAGACAUGGAGUUCACAAACACAAAGUCGAACAAAGAGCUCGAUUACAUCCGAGAUGAAAGCAACAGACUGCAGCAGGAGAACCAGCGCCUCCAAAAUGAAAUCAGGAAGAUUCAGACAGAGAUCCAGAUUACCUCGAAAGAGACGAAACACAUCACAGAGUCGGUGCCCAUGGAGAACGGCAAAAACCUCGAGCUGCGCCUCACGUCGCUCCAGAGAGAGCUGGGAGACCUCAGGCGCAUAACGAGAGAGAAAGACGACGAGAUCGAGAAACUCCAGAAGAACUUGUCCGCCAUGAGGGUGAAGAGGGAGCAAAGGGAGAGUCACCUGAGGCGGUCCAUUGUCGUCAUCGAUCCCGACACCGGCAAAGAGAUGAGGCCGGAGGAGGCCUACAAACUCGGUCUCAUCGACUGGAAAAUGUUCGUCAAUCUGCAGAGUCAGGAGUGCGACUGGGAGGAAAUUUCGGUCAAGGGUCCAAACGGAGAAUCCUCUGUGCUGCAUGACAGAAAAUCGGGCAAGAAGUUCUCGAUCGAUGAUGCUUUGAGAAUGGGGCAUAUCACAAAGAGUCAGUUACAGCAGUACCUUAACAAAGAAAUCAGCAUCCAGGAGUUUGGUGUGCUUGUGUCAGGGAAAAAGUAAAUGAAACACACAUUACUAUUAACACAUACACUUCUCUAUCACAAAUCAUGCUUUCUAGAAUGAGCAUACAACUUUCCUUUACUAAAAUGUGGUAUUGUGGAUAUCUUUUUCACAAUAUUAGGCUGUGUUUAUUUAUAAAUAAAUUCUAAACUUUUGUGCAGCUUGGCUGUGCUAUGUUGUAUGUGGGAUGUAUGAUGUUCUUUUCUAUUGCCUUAUCUGAGGUGCUCAUGUGGAGAAAGUGCAAAAAACAAGAUAUGCUAUUCCAACUGGGUUCAGGAUCCCAUCUUGAUGUUAUAACUAAAUGACUAUUUUCUUUUCCCCUUGUCAUAUUUUACACUGUACUGCCGUUGCUGUCUCAAAAAUAAAAGUUAUGGAAAUA